CUAGUACUUCCUCUUUCAGCCAUCGGGGUUUAGUACACGAUGGGACGUGUUAUCAGAGGACAGCGUAAAGGUGCGGGCUCUGUGUUCAAAGCCCAUGUCCACCACAGAAAAGGGGCUGCCAAGCUCCGUCACAUUGACUUCGCUGAACGUCAUGGUUACAUCAAGGGAAUCGUGAAGGACAUCAUCCACGACCCCGGCCGUGGUGCACCCCUUGCGAAGGUGGCUUUCCGUGACCCAUACCGCUUCAAGAAGAGGACAGAACUCUUCAUUGCUGCUGAGGGCAUCCACACCGGACAGUUCAUCUACUGCGGCAAGAAGGCUCAGCUGAACAUCGGCAAUGUCCUGCCUGUCGGAACCAUGCCUGAGGGUACCAUCAUUUGCUGUGUGGAGGAGAAGCCUGGAGACAGGGGCAAGCUCGCCCGUGCAUCUGGAAACUACGCCACAGUCAUCUCUCACAACCCAGAGACCAAGAAGUCCAGGGUAAAGCUUCCCUCCGGCUCCAAGAAGGUCAUUGCCUCUGCCAACAGAGCCGUCGUCGGUGUUGUUGCUGGUGGUGGACGUAUUGACAAGCCUAUCCUGAAGGCUGGUCGUGCUUACCACAAGUACAAGGCCAAGAGAAACUGCUGGCCACGUGUCCGUGGUGUUGCCAUGAACCCCGUUGAGCAUCCCUUCGGUGGUGGUAACCAUCAGCAUAUUGGUAAACCCUCCACCAUCAGGAGGGACGCACCUGCUGGUCGCAAGGUUGGUCUCAUCGCUGCCCGUCGUACCGGCAGACUGCGCGGAACAAAGACUGUCCAGGAGAAGGAGAACUAAGUCUGCGAUUCUUGAUGAUAAUAAAAAAGAAAAAUAUUCCCAAAAAAAA